AUGACGCAGGACGAAACGUCUGCCACAGGCUCUAGCGGCAAGGGCAACUGGGAGGCCCUGAAAGAGCAAGGCAAUCAGGCGUUCAAGUCGAACGCUUUCUCGGAGGCGAUUCAGUACUAUAGUGCCGCCAUCGAGGCCCAUCCAGAUGAACCGGUGCUCUACUCCAACCGCAGUGCGGCAUACUUGAAGAGGGGUCAGUACCAGGAAGCCGCUGACGACGCAGAGAAGGCAGUGGCGAUGGAUAACACAUUUGCCAAGGCGUACUCGCGGCUGCACAGCGCGUUGUGUAAUCUAGGCCUGUUUGACCGCGCCUCGGAGGCGCUGAAGGCGGGGUUGAUAGCUGUGUCAACGUCGCUAAAGUCCACGCCACAGGAUGUCAAGCACCUCAGGGAGUUGGUGACUAGUGCGGAGCAGGCCGGCAUGGUUGUGCCGCGGGGGCGGCAGUUGAUAGAGAACGGCUUCUUUGCAGAAGCCGGCCGAGCACUCGCCGGGCCGUACCGCGACUUUCCCGGCUCCACGACGCUGGCGUUUCUCUAUGCAGAGGCGCACGCGUCUUCGUCGCCGGAUGGGGCAUCUAAGGUUCUCUCCCCUUUCGCGUACACACACAACUCCGACCCUUACUACCUCUAUCUGCGUGCACUGGUGCUCUACUACCGUGGCCAGGAGGGCUUCGCCAGCGCGCAGAAUAUUUUGCGGGAGACACUACAGAUGGACCCUGACAACACCAAGGCACGUGUCUUGCUCAAGCGCAUCCGUGCUAUCGAGUCACACAAAGACGCUGGCAAUGCCGCUUUCAAGAACAAGAACGCCAAGGAGGCCGUGAUGGAGUAUACGCAGGCAGUUGAAUGCGACCUCACCAACGCCCGCAUGAAUGCUACACUGCGCAGUAACCGGGCGGCUGCGAAGAUGGACUUGAACGACUACAAGGGUGCUCUCCUCGACUGCGACUACGCCAUCAACAACGGUGCUACUUCAGCGAAAAUCUACGCUCGCCGAAGUCGCAUUCAAGAGCACCUGGAAAACUUCGAUGAAGCGGUGCGUGACAUGCAGCAGGCUGCCGAGGAGGAUGGCAAGUUCGAAGCGGAGCUGCGCCAGCUCAAGGCGCGCGCCAAGCGUGCUAAGCGCAAGAACUACUACAAAAUUCUUGGCCUAUCUCAACACGAGGCCAACCCAGAUGCCAUCAAGCGGGCCUACAAGAAAGCGUGCUUGCAGUGGCACCCGGACAAGUGGGCGCAUGCAAGUGAGGAGGAGAAGUUGCACGCCGAGAUGCAGUUCAAAGAGAUUGGUGAGGCCUUUGGCGUGCUCUCUGACCCGAAGAAGAAGCGCAUGUACGACUCAGGUCAGAUGGACAAUGACGUGGAGGGGUCCAGUAUGCCAAGCGGCUUUGGUGGCGGUUCGAACCAGGAGGAUAUUGUCACGGUGAUGAACAUGAUGUUUGGUGGCGGUGGUUUCCAGACAGGAGGCUUCUCAGGCACCUUUGGAGGCUCUGGCAAUGGCCGCCGUCGCCCCCGCGGCGGUCCAGGCUUCUUUUGA